UUCUGUGAUUUGAGAGGUCCAGUUCCAGCUGUUUCAUGCAGUUACAAAAUCGGAAUAACAUCGGGAAAAUGUAGGGCUUAGUGGGCGUCUCUGACACAUUAAUUUCUUGCCUUAGCUCUGGAUCGGGACCUUUUCCGUCGGUAGAUCAGAUGGACCUCUUUCCUUUCCUGCCUUUUCUUUUCACACUCAUCAGCUGUAACGUUAACCCCAAGGACCAGCUGGGUCCCAACAGCACCCAUCAUCACCAUGACUACUGUGUUCUGGGUGGUGGACCGGCAGGGCUUCAGAUGGGCUACUUCCUGGAGAAAAGUGGAAGGGACUACAUAAUUCUGGAAAGGAACACAGGCCCUGGGAGCUUUUUCAAUGUAUAUCCACGACAUAGAAAACUCAUCAGCAUCAACAAAAUUUACACGGGGAGGAGGAACAGAGAGUUCAAUCUGCGCCACGACUGGAACUCUCUGCUGAGCGACAGGCCAGACUUGCUGUUUCAACGAAUCAGUCGUCAACUGUACCCAGACGCAGAUGACUUUCCCCGCUAUCUCUCCACGUAUGUGAAAGAACUGGGACUUAAGGUGCGGUAUGGAGUGGACGUUGGAAAGAUCCGGGCCACUGAUCUGAGCCGUAAAAGAGGGUACAGCCUGACUGAUCAGCACGGAUCUGUCUACAGAUGCAGUGUUCUGUUGAUGUCCACUGGUUUGUGGGUACCUCAGCAGGUGAACUUUGAGGGGUCAGAUCUGGUGGAAGGUUAUGAGUCAAUUCCUGUGGAUCCUGAGGAGUACAGGGACCAAGCUGUCCUGAUCCUUGGCAAGGGCAAUGCGGCUUUUGAGACUGCUCAGAGCAUCAUGAGCAGAGCGAGUCGUGUGCAUCUGUACAGCCCAAACCCUGUGAGACUAGCCUGGCAGACGCAUUAUGUUGGAGACCUUAGGGCUGUAAACAAUGAGCUGCUGGACACAUACCAGCUCAAGUCCCUGGAUGGCCUGGUGGAGGGAAGCCUGGAGGACAUUGCCAUCGUGAGACGAGAAAGGGGGAAUGGAAGGAGGAGAUCGGGAGACAAGAGGAAGAAGGCCGGGGCGAAGGAGGGCCAGGGGAGAGGUCAGCUGUACCUCACGCUGGCCGAACUUCUGGACGACAGCUCUAGGAACCGCAGCGCAAAGGUCAAAGCAGAAAACCUGCCGGGUUACCACAGCGACAACUUCUCCCUUCGUCAGCCUUAUGACCGGGUGAUCCGCUGCCUUGGAUUCCGCUUCAAUUUCUCAAUUUUUGAUGGCUCAGCACGUCCUGUGCACAGUAAAAGUGCCAGAGGGCGGUUACCAGCGGUCACAGCUUGGUACGAGGGCAGGGGAACCCCCAACAUGUUCGUGCUGGGGACAGCUGGCCACUCCCUUGACUACCGCAUGUCUGCUGGAGGAUUUGUGCAUGGCUUCCGCUACACAGCGCGUGCAGUCCACAGAGUUCUAGAGCAACGUUACCAUGGCAAUGCUUGGCCUACCACCAAGCUCCCAACCAGUCAGCUGCUCUCUUGGCUGCUGAAAAGGGUUAAUGAAGCAUCUGGACCUUACCAAAUGUUUGGAGUGCUGGGGGAUGUAGUAUUACUGCAUGGAUCGUACUGUGAGUAUCUGGAGGAGUUCCCUGUUCAGGCCCUGUCACAGCUGCCUGCUCUCUCAGGCCAUCACGUCCCAAAGAGAGGCCUGCUGGUUCUGGUGCUGCAGUAUGGCCUGAACCGAACAGACACCCUGGGGCCAGGCCGGGCAGAGUCCGAGUGGACACGGGCCUGGAGGUCCAGCUUCCUUCACCCGGUUCUGUAUUACUACGACAGACUACCCACUGAGAAGGACAUGCGCCUGCGUCCCGUCGGCUGGCCCCUACCACGCCCUAAGGCAAUACACCACAUGAUCGAAGACUUCCUGACAGAGUGGGACCAGCCAAUCUCUCACAGCCAGCCACUGCGGCGCUUCCUAGAGCACUGUUUCCAAAGGGACCUCCGGACAUUCUAUGCAGAAUCCUGUUUCCGAUUCUCUCUGACAAGCCAGAAGCCUCCUCUCUUCUGUCGACAGAGCUACCUCAAAAAGCAAGGGAUUGUGGGCAAUCAGCAAUUAUGGCAACAUGCACGUGAUGCGGGGCUUAUGCCUGACCUUCAGGACACUGAGGUUCUGAGAGAAAAUCCACAACUUCCCCAGUCCUUACCACACACUGGAGCAGCAGUCACAUCUGCCAUGAACUUAGAUGGCCUUUGAUAAAAUGUCCAGAUAGAACCAAAGAUCUGGGACAAGUCUAGAACUCCUCUACCUCCUUUAUUUCCCUUUUUCCUCUAAGAGGAUGAAUGUUUACGUUGUAAGAUGCAUUUUGUGUAUGUUACUAUAGCCUAUUAUAUAUAAUGACUGUUCAUAUGGGAAAAAAUCAUUAUUGCAUUAUUGGUACUUUUUGUUUUUUAAAUGUUCAUAAUGUUUAAUAUUUUCAGCAUAACCCAAAGCUCUAUCUGCAUCAGUCACUAUUAAACUUUAUUUAAGGUAUAACGA